AUGGAAAGUUGGUCAGUUGAUCAAGUCUGCAACUGGUUGCUGCAGAAAAACUUAGGGGACCUGGUUCCUAAAUUUCGUGAGGAAGAAGUGAGCGGGGCUGCUCUCUUGGCUCUUAAUGACAGGAUGGUACAGCAGCUAGUGAAGAAAAUAGGGCACCAGGCAGUGUUACUGGACCUGAUUAAAAAAUGCAAGCGACAGACGGAGGGGCCAGCUUGGACAUGUGAAACGCCCUUCUUUGAGUCACAAGGAGAAGCCAGCGGGACUGCUGGUAUUCAGCUAACUACAGGGCAUCUGAAUUGCUUCUCUCCUAAUGAAAGCACUGAGGAUGGAUCCAUUGAUCAAAGAGUGCUCAAACAAAAAAAAAACAUGACACAUGUUUUCACAAGAUACAAACCAUUGCAAUGGACAAAUUCAUAUACACUGCCUGAGUUUCCUUAUGAUGUCAAAUGCAUAUUAGCAGAGAGGAAGUGCCCUGACCACAGUAUGAGAAUCAGGAUAAUUGAAUUCUUGCAAGCUGACAUGACAAAGUACCUUGAAGGAUCACUAUACCCCACCACUCAGCAAUAUAAUGAUGUUGUCAGUGCACUCUUACAGGCAUACCCUUUUCUCGAUGAGGGUGGGUGCGGCUUUUUUCUAUGGAAACGAGCCCUUAAAGACCGUUUCAAGUAUGUACGGAGACCAAUAGAAGAUGAUGAGCAGGUGGUGAGAAAUAAAUGCAAGUUUGGACACAGGCGAGGACAGACCAGAAAAUCUCCUGAAAAUAGCUGUGAGGAAAUCAAAGUAGAGAAUAUUUACAGUGAAGGACUUGACACUGCAGUAACAGAACAUAUCAACUGGUUUAAGGAAGAAUAUAUGAAAACUGAGAGAAAUUGGGCAGAGGUGGAUAAAAGGAUGUCCAAAACUUUAGAAAUAAGAAGAAAGAUGAUAAAUAGCAGGAUGCCUUUGAAAGAUGUUUUGAGGCUGUUCCCAUUCUUAAGAUGUCCAUACCAGCUUUUUAGAGAGUUUCAGUUCCUAACACACAGGGAUAUUUAUAAGAAAACAGUUGAUAUUUUGGAGGCCUAUUCAGAGCACAUACUGACUUCGAACCUGGUGAAGAACAGUCCGGUUAAUGUUGUUCUGCAAAGAAGUCUGAAACAACACAUGGAAGAGGAUAUUCAGAAAUGUAUGAAGAUAACAGCCACAUGUUUACUCUUACCAGUUGUUUUUGGAGAAGAUUCCUCUUUGUUUGUUACUGUGAAUGAUGAGGUGAAAGUGUCGACACCAGUACUAGAAGUGAAAUACCCAUUUAAUAUAAAUGUGUGUGAGUGUUCCCUGUACAUGGAGAAAGAGAAACUCGCUCAGCUGGAUGAUUGUGCCAUGGCCCUGGCUGCUCUGCUGGCUUCUUAUCAUGUCUUUGGCAUUCCAUUCCCCCAAGGGCUGCACAAUACACUUAACUUUUUGAAGUCUCUCGUCUUUGAAGUGAAAGUUCUGCCGUUGCUUUCAGUAAAAACCAAGACAAUGGAAAAAUGUGAAUGUACUGACAUUAAAUAA